GCGAGGGCCGGGCGGGGCCUCGCCGCGGGCGGCCUCGGCGGCGCGCGCCGCGGGCCGCCGGGGCGCGAGGAGCUCGAGCGACGGGCGCGGCUGGCCCGGGAUGUGGUGCUGAGCCGCAGGCGGCACCGCGUGCUGGCCGACGACUCCACGUUCAGCGCCCUCCACGUGGACGGGCCCGCGCACCUCCCGCCGGGCGCGCUGCACCUCGGCAGCAGGGACGUCGGGGAGCGCAACCCCGGGUGGCGACGGCUUGCCCAGCGCAAGGCGGAGGCCGAGCGCGUGGCGGAGGCCGAGCGCGUGGCGGAGGCCGAGCGCGUGGCGGAGGCCGAGCGCAAGGCGGAGGCCGAGCGCGUGGCGGAGGCCGAGCGCGUGGCGGAGGCCGAGCGCGUGGCGGAGGCCGAGCGCGUGGCGGAGGCCGAGCGCGUGGCGGAGGCCGAGCGCGUGGCGGAGGCCGAGCGCGUGGCGGAGGCGCGCGCUGAUGUGGGCGUCUUUGCCGCCGCCCGCGGCGAUCUGCUCCGGCUCCGCCACGCGGUGUGCCUGGGCGCCCCGCCGGCCGAGUUGGCAGGCUUGAUCGCCAGCGACGCGGGGCCCGCGGCGUCGAAGGUGCUGGAGCCCCCCCCUGGCGUCUUCAUGCGCCACGCCACGGCGCCAGCGCCCGGCGGCGCCGAGCAGACCUGGAGGCGAGCGGCUUCCCUGCCCGUGGCGGGCGGCUCCCCGAGCUCGCCCCAGCGCCCGCCCGCGCUGAAGCCCACCGUGCUGCCGGUGCCGGCGGACGGGCUGCGGCGGCGAGUGCAGGCGCUGCUAAACAAGGUGUGCCCAGAGAACUUGGCGCAGAUCGUGAGUCAGGUAUCCGCAGUGGAAGUGGCCAGCUGCCAGCAGCUGGAGACCAUUAUAGAGCUCAUCUUCAAGAAGGCGCUGGCCGAGCCCCACUACUGCGAGACCUACGCCGACCUGGUCUUUAGCCUCAAGUCCGUCUUCCCGGAGUUCCCGUCUUCUGGCGGGGGUAAGCCGCUGACCUUCAAGUCGGCGGUAUUGAACAUCUGCCAGGGCGAGUUCGAGGAGUUAUUGUCUGACCCGGAGCCCCCCAUGCUCAUGCAGGGCGACGAGGAGGAGCUCGCCCGCCUGCGGAAGCAACGCCGCGACCGUAUGCGGGCGAACAUGAAAUUCGUGGGCCACCUCUUCUUGCGGCAGCUGCUGUCCGUGAAGGUCGUCGGCUCCGUCAUCUCGGAGCUCGUGUCGUGCGACGAGCCUGGCGUACUGCCCGAG